ACGCCGGUACCUCGUAUAUUCUAACCCCCUCCAUAUUUAUCUACAAUAUUCUUUUAUGUCGUAUUAUAAUAAUUCUCGAUAAAUCUCCAAUCAUUCUUCUCCUUCAACCUCCGUUACUUCCGCUCGAUCGUUAUCUCCACUCCUUUUUCUAUAGGAACUAUUGGUGGGUUGGCAGUCCUGUAAAUGGCCGAUAAUGAAGAAGCGAAGGAAAUUGGUCCAAGGGGAAAUGAGUGGGAAGUUGUAUCGCUCACCGCGUCUGCAUAUGCUGCUGCUCCUGGACCCGAACCAGUUGACUCAAGCGAAGAUAGCAUAAUGAUGUUAGAUAAGCACGAGGGUGAAACUUCAAAUGCCAUGUUUAUGUCUGGCCAUUUUGUUUUUCCUCCAAACCAGCACGAGAAUUUGCCAAUUGAACCUGAAUUCAACGAAGUGGACAGUGAAAAGGGUGGAGAAGAUGAUGUUUCUCAGUUGGGUAUAGAGGAUAGAGUUAAAUCAGAUCCGAAGGAUGAAGACAGUGCAACUAUUGAAGGACUCAUGACUGAGGAGUUUCCUGGAAUUCAGGUACUUGAUAUAAAAGGUAACACACUAUCUCUAGGUGGAGCGGAUCUGGGAAAAGAUAUGGCCUUUGACAAAGCGCAAAGUAUUUACACCCCUUCGGAGUUUAGUUUGUUAAAUAGUGAAACGGCCAUGGGCAUAUCCAAUAAUAGUGGGGACGGUGCAGGAACUGAUGAUUCAGUUGAACCUCUUGAUGCCUCUGUGGAUCCUGACUUGCCAAAUUUCCAGAAGGCCGUGGAGGGGGGCAAAUAUGAUGAUGCUGACCUUCCUUGUGAAGCUUGGUGGAAAAGACGGGCCUUAUCAGUGUAUGCUCAUGCAAAAGAAGCAAAUACGGUCUGGUCUAUUUUCCUUGCAGCAGCUGUUAUGGGACUUGUAAUUAUCGGCCACCAGUGGCAGCACGAAAGGUGGCAGAUUUUGCAACGUAGGAUACAGUUUGGUAUUAAUGAUGAGAAGAUGAGCAGGUUGCUUGCUCCCAUAUCCCGCCUUAAAGACGUUGUAAUUGGUGGCCACAGACGGGGUUCACUGAUUAGAGGGAGCGCCUCAUCAGAACGCUAAGAUGAUGACGAAAAAGUUUCAUUAGGGGUAAGAGUUCUACCGCAUGUCAUACGCAAGUUCUAUCAAAUUUGACUGUAUAUCUCUCGAGUCUCGACUAAGCCUGUUAAUAUUUUCUUCGUCAUGCUUCCAUCAUGAUGAGGUUUUUCUUGAUAUUUGAAACUGUGGUGUUUAAAGUAAGUUGUCAAAUUACUUAUUUUCCAA